AUGUCGGAAGAAGCAGAUCCAAAAAAAGAGUCCAGUGGGAAAGAGACGAUGGCCGAGAACACCAAUGAAGAAAGUGAGUUAGAGGAGGAUGUUCUCUUGAAGAUUGUCCAGCAGCGCGUGAGUGAAAACAAGGAGGAAGGAGGAAGAAACAUGUCAUCCUUAGAAGCAGACCAAAAGAACGGGUCAGCAGCUGCAGUGGAAGAGAUGAUGGCCGACAACACCAACGAAGAAAGCGAGUUAGACGAGGAUGUUCUCUUGAAGGUCGUCAAGCAGCGUAUGAGUGACGCUCAGAAUGACUGGGACAACAUCGCAUUCAUCGAUGUUAGCGUUGAGGAGGAGGCACUGGAAGUUGGCAAAGAAAAGCUACAAGAUCCUGAUGUAGCGCAAGCUCCCAUUCAUGAAGCACCAGAGCACCAGACCCCACAGAGACAGCGCCCUCCUCAAACACUUCUUCGGAGGGGAGCUGUGGAGACACCACAAGCCCAGCCCGGAGCAUACCCAGUCUACAACAGCCUACAUGUAGACACCCCACACCACGACAAUCAUGAACAAAACGAGCGGUCACGGGCCGAGGAUACGUCGCUUGCACUACCUCAAUCUCAAGGUACUAGUGACAUGGCCAUUCGUCAAAGUCCCUUGCAAGGAUUUGUGGUCGUGGCGGCAAGAUCUGGUCACAACGAGCGUGAUGCAGCUGCAUUAGAGGAGGGUCAGGAGGCUGAAGCAAGACCUGGGGAAGCGCAGCAAGCAUCCCGCUUCCAGCCCCCUUUGAUUGAAGGAGUAGUAGAACCAUCCCGAACGUUUGGCUGGAGAAAAACCAUCAUUGCCGCGGGAGGCUUGUGUAUGGUGUGUAUCAUUGUAGUUUUGGUUUUGGGUUUGGCAGGUACAUUUGAUCCCAAACAGGAGAUCCUGAUGGAGAUGGCACCCUCCUCCGACAAACUGGAGCAAUCGGUUCUCCAAAGAGUGAAAGAGCGUGGCUAUCUAAAAUGUGCCAUUCGAUACUACCAAGACUCUUUGAUGGGCUUUGAUAUGGAUGUGUGCAAGGCAAUUGCCGGAGCCAUUCUAGGUGAUGCAGCCCUGGUGAGCCGUGAGGGCGCUGCAUCUAACGCCACAGUGUUUCUACAAGUCAACGACGGAACAUUUGACAUUAUAUCCAGAGCCUUGACACACAACAUGCAGCGACAAGUGACGGGGCCAGAAGGUGGAAUGGGGCUGUCAUUUUCACAGCCCUAUUUCUAUGAGUGUCUGAAGUUAGCAGGGGAUCCUUUCUAUCUCAAGUGCGCAGAAGACGGGUUUCGGCAUCUUGGAAACUGUAGUGAUAUCAGGAUCUGCGUCUGGGGUGACUCAAUAGAUUCAAGAUUUCUGGAAGGCAAACUUCCUCACAAGUUCAUUGUUCAAAAGAGCGGCAUGGCAGCUAUUCGCGGUGGCUUAGCUGAUGGUAGCUGCAAUAUUGCUACAUUUGAAGGCACUUCCAUUCUUGAGGAGUAUGCCCGUGAUGCUGGCUAUGUAGGUGACUAUGAGAUUGGCACUCAAUGCUUUUACAAGGAGCCCAAUUGCCUGGUGAUGGGACAAAGUGAUCCCGAAUUCAUUGCGUUUGUCAACAGUGUCCUACAAGCAUUAUUUGCAGCUGAACAGCACAACAUCACACAAGCAGAAGCUGACAUGAUGCCUCAGACAAGUGUGUUCGGGGAACAGUAUGAGGACAUGUUUCGUUGGGCUAUUCAAGCUUCAGGCAACUUCGGUGAGAUCUAUGAACGACAUUUUUCUUCCACUCUUCCCCGUGGCAGUCUGAAUUCCAUCAACAAUGGUGCCUCUGGCUUGCUCUAUUCACAUCCCUUUGGCGUCAUAGACUACCAAAGGGAUCAAAGCGAUUUUGGAACCACAAUGGCUGCUAUCCUUGACAGGGGCGUGGUGCACUGUGGAGUGAGGUAUGCUCGUCCAGGUUUUGCAACAAUGACGAAGGAGAAGAAUGCACCACUGGGGGUGGAUGUGGACUAUUGCCGUGCCAUUGCAGCUGGCUUGUUCAGCGGUCCAAAUCAUGUUGUACUUGUUGAUUUGAAUGAUUCCACUGAUGCCUUUGCCAAACUUGCCGGUGGUGAGGUGGAUGUUGUUGCUGGCGCCACAUGGAAACUAGAAAAUUUUCGUGACCCUAUGACUGGAGUUGUGUACUCCUUUUCCAAACCAUACUUUUAUGGGUCAGGGGAUCAUGGGGAAGAAGAAAACUACUGCCUUGCUACAGUUAGUGAUGACCAUGAUUGGUCCACAUUUGUUUACUGGAUUGUGGAGGCAAUCACAUUUGCAGAAGAGGAAGGCAUUAACAGUACAACAUCAAUCCGAAUGCCAGAGGUCCUCCUCUAUGGACCCUCCAUGAAGCGAAUGUUCCGCGAUGCCAUUCUUGCAGUUGGCAGUUAUGCAGAGAUAUAUGAGAGGAACCUUCAAACCUGGAUCCCCCGAGAUGGACGAAACAUGUUGAAUCCAGGCUUGAAUGGACCUCAGCACUAUGUGCUCCCUGGAAUCAUAUGA